AUGUCGGGGGAGGACGGCCCGGCGGCGGGCCCGGGGGCGGCGGCGGCGGCCCGCGAGCGCCGGCAGGAGCAGCUGCGGCAGUGGGGGGCGCGGGCGGGCUCCGAGCCGGGCCCUGCGGAGCGGCGUGCCCGCACUGUCCGCUUCGAGCGUGCCGCCGAGUUCCUGGCGGCCUGCGCGGGCGGAGACCUGGACGAGGCGCGCCUGAUGCUGCGCGCGGCGGACCCGGGCCCCGGCGCCGAGCUCGACCCUGCCGCCCCGCCGCCCGCCCGCGCUGUGCUCGACUCCACCAACGCCGACGGCAUCAGCGCCCUGCACCAGGCCUGCAUCGACGAGAACCUGGAGGUGGUGCGCUUCCUAGUGGAGCAGGGUGCCACUGUGAACCAGGCGGACAAUGAGGGCUGGACACCCCUGCACGUGGCUGCCUCCUGUGGGUACCUGGACAUUGCCAGGUACCUUCUGAGCCAUGGGGCCAACAUUGCCGCCGUCAACAGUGAUGGUGACCUGCCCCUGGACCUGGCCGAGUCGGACGCCAUGGAGGGGCUGCUGAAGGCGGAGAUCGCCCACCGAGGUGUGGAUGUGGAGGCAGCCAAGCGGGCCGAGGAGGAGUUGCUGCUCCAUGACACCAGGUGCUGGCUGAACGGGGGCGCCAUGCCCGAGGCCCGGCAUCCCCGCACGGGGGCCUCCGCCCUGCACGUGGCCGCCGCCAAGGGCUACAUCGAGGUGAUGAGGCUGCUCCUGCAGGCAGGCUACGACCCAGAGCUCCGGGAUGGGGAUGGCUGGACUCCUCUGCAUGCGGCGGCCCACUGGGGCGUGGAGGACGCCUGCCGCCUGCUGGCCGAGCACGGUGGCGGCAUGGACUCGCUGACCCAUGCGGGGCAGCGUCCCUGUGACCUGGCUGAUGAGGAAGUGCUGAGCCUGCUGGAGGAGCUKGCCCGGAAACAGGAGGACCUUCGGAACCAAAAGGAGGCAUCUCAGAGCAGGGGCCAAGAGCCCCAGGUGCCCUCCAGCACCAAGCACAGGAGGAGCUCUGUGUGUCGCCUGAGCAGCCGUGAGAAGAUCUCCCUCCAGGAUCUGUCCAAGGAGCGCAGGCCCAGUGGGGCAGGGGGGCCUCCCAUCCGGGACGAGGAUGAGGGAGAUGAAGGCCUCACAGAGCCACCCCCUACAGAACCCAGAACCCUCAAUGGCGUGUCCUCCCCACCUCCACCCAGCCCUACGAGCCCUCUGACCUCCUUCGCCCAGCCGCCCGAAGAGACCCCCUUCCCCAGGCGCUUUCACCUGCAGAAGACGGGGAGCUCUGGUGCUCUGGGUCCCCCGGGACAGCGGGGAGCCGCGGCAGCCCCUGGAGCUGGGCUGCAGCGGUCGGCCUCCUCCUCCCAGCUGGAAGGGACCACUGCUCAGGCCACAGAGCCUCGUCUUGCCAGAAUUCCCCUGACUCCCUCACGGAAGGUGCCAGAGCCCUCUCCACUGAGAGAGCCUGGAUCCCCAGUGAAGCCACAUGUCCCCGCAGCCUCUGCCGCAUCCCCAGCCGACUCCCGGGACCGUAGAAGGUCCUACCAGAUGCCUGUGCGGGAUGAGGAGUCUGAGUCCCAGCGGAAGGCUCGCUCCCGCCUCAUGCGCCAGUCUCGGAGGUCUACCCAGGGUGUGACUCUGACAGACCUAAAGGAGGCUGAGAAGGCGGCAGGGAGGGCCCCAGAGCCAGAGCAGUCGCCCCUGCCCGGCCUGGAGCCUGCCCCGUCCCCCAGGCCCCGAGUCCCUGGAGUGGAGGACUCUGAGGGCCCUGCCCAGAGAGCAGAGGCGCCCGACGGGCAGGGCCAGGGACCACGGGCAACCAGGGACUACCCGAAGGUCAGCAAGGAGUGGAGGGGCCCCGCGGAGGGGGAGGAGGCGGAGCCGGCAGACGGCAGUCCCGAGUGCAGUAUUCCCGAUGGCGGCCCCUCAGCCCGCAGGCAGCGUGUGCAGCGUGACAUCCACCUGGAGCCCAAGCCCGAGCCCGAAGAGCCUGAGGGGGGAUUCAGGAAGCUGUAUGCAGAGCUGCGCAGGGAGAACGAGCGCCUUCGUGAGGCCCUGACUGAGACCACGCUGCGGCUGGCACAGCUCAAGGUGGAGCUGGAGCGGGCCACGCAGCGGCAGGAACGCUUUGCUGAGAGGCCGGCCCUCCUGGAGCUGGAGAGAUUUGAGCGCAGGGCCCUGGAGCGGAAGGCCGCGGAGCUGGAGGAGGAGCUGAAGGCCUUGUCUGAUCUCCGGGCUGACAACCAGCGGCUCAAGGACGAGAACGCAGCACUGAUCCGGGUCAUUAGCAAACUGUCCAAGUGACUUGGAGGACUUCUCCCGCACCCGUAUUUAUACAGCUGCUUCUGCCACACGCACCCUUCCCCGAGUGAACACGAGUGACAGGGCUCCAGGGGAAGUCACUGAGAAGCCAUACUGCCUCUUGGGGCCUCAAGACUGGGAGGGAAGCUCAGAGUUCCCAGGAGCCAAGGGGGCCAUCUGAGGCCAGGAUGGAGGUGGGAGGCUGAGCCAGGUAGGGGGAUGUUGCCAAGAGGGGACUGGGGCCAGAAAUGGGACCAGGAAGGACACAGGACCAAGAAUUGCCAGGGUAGUAGUCAGGACCAGAGUGGCUGUCCCGGUGGUCCCCACCUCACGUGUGAUGCCACCCCAGCACUCUCCCCCUCCCGAGCAGGGAUCCAGCAGUGUGCCAAGAGACCCACCGGCCUCCGCCAGGUGGGCCUGUAUAUAGGGUCCAUGUGCAAUAAGGAGGGACGUCUUCUAUUUUUUGCUGCCCCCUCCUCACCCAUUGUCUGGGGAGGGGGAGAAGGUAUUUUCAAGAUAAAGCACAGGCACCACAAAUAAAAGUCGUGAUGUU